AACGAAUAUAGACUUGGUAUAGAAAAACGGUCACGAGUUAGGUCUCUCCUAUAUGCAGUCUUGGGGGACAGCUAUAGUGUAGUAUAGGCUCUACGUGUAUUUCAAAAUGGGACCCCGGCGCCAAUACUGACUGUCCUUCUAUACCAAGUCUAUAUUCGUUGGUUGCACCUGUGCAUGUAGCCGUGUAAACAUAGAUCAGACGACGACGACGGAUGCAUCAGCAGUGCGAAAGGAGAUCAUCCGCUGCAGUGGGAGGAAAAAAAGGAAGGUGACGCGCCUCCGAUGACGACGAGGACGACGUCGGUCUCGACUGAUUGACGCCCGCGCGAAGAGAGGAGAUUUAUAAGUAUAGCCUUCGUGUAGUAUACCCACAAGUAAACAGAGAGAGAGAGAGAGAAAGCUAUGGACUUUGAGAGCCCAGACGUCGAGAAAGAGUUUCCAGGACUUUACGCAUCGGACGCGGCGAAAAAGAGCGAGAGCGACUUUUCAUUAGGUUAGGUUCGAAAAAACGAACGAUACCUACACUGUCUGUCAAUCUCUCCUCCUCUCUCGAUAUGUCUCUCUCUCUCUCUUUCCAAUGCAUAUUUCUCACGGCGUUUACGGUAUAUUUUGUAGGCGAUGCAUGUUAGUGACGAUGGUGUACACGAUAAACAUUCAAAAAAGGAGCUAUUAGGUGGCAGCAAAAAGAAGGAUAAGAAAGACAAGAAGGAUAGGGGAUACGCUACUUUGGAAGGUGAAAGCUCCGCAGAUGAAGAAGAGACAAAAAGUCCUUCCAAGUCCAAGUCGAAAACGAAGGCCUUCAAAUUCCCUUCUAAGAGUAGAGAGAAGCGUGAAAAAUCCAGAGAGAAAGAUGUCAAGGAAAAAGAUUCUGAUAAAGAAAAAAAGAAGAAAGAUAAAGAUGUAGACAAAGAAGUGGACAAAGAAAAGAGGAAAGAAAAGGACAAAGUUAAGCAGAAACACAAAGAUAGAAAGAAAGGCAAACAUGGAGAUGAUGCAUUGGAUAUCGGUGAAGAAGAACCCAUUUUUGGAGUCAGUCUUCAUUUAGCUGUAGAAAGAAGUCGCUGUCACGAUGGGGUUGAACUACCUUUAGUAGUGAGAGAUUGCAUUGAUUACUUGGAGGAGCAUGGGAUGUCCGUUGAAGGAUUGUAUAAAGUCCCUGGAAAUAAAUCUAAAGUGCAACAUUUAAAAAAGUUAUAUAAUCAGCGCGAACCUGUAAAUAUGUCAGAAUUUGAGCCAAAUGUGGCCACCAGUUUGUUACUACAUUUUAUCAAAGAACUACCAGAACCAGUUUUAGAAAGCAGCGAACUGAUAUCGCGAUUUGAGCAAGCAGCUUCCACAAAAGAACUUGCUCAAAGAGAAUCUCAACUUGCUGAUUUAGCCAAUCACCAAUUAGCUGACUGCAAUAGGGUACUUUUAGCAUGGAUAACGUUGCAUUUGGAUCACGUAACCACGUGUGAAAAAACGACAAAAAUGAAUGCUCAGACGAUAGCGAUGACGCUUAGUCCUGCAUUGCAGAUGAGCCAUAGACUCCUUUUGGCUCUUUUGUUCCACUGUAAAGCUUUAUUCCCCGAGGUUAGGUUAACAAAGUACGUUCCACCACUGCCAGCCGGCAGUACUCGUUUACCGGAGACGCCUCAGGGUAUAGCUGCUGAAUUGGCAAAACAGGAGUCCCUUUUGUCGCAGAUUCACAUGCUCAUGAAUGCCGGGUACGUGAAUAAGUCACGCGAAGAACAGCUGUGGGAAGUGCAACGCAUGAUCACGCAACUGAAGAGAAAGUAUAAAUUAGUACAAAAGCUCGAGGGCUCUAUCCAAAAAAGUUUGGAUGAAGAAGUGCCCAAACCAACCGAAGAAAGUCAAUCACAUGUGCCAGAAAGACAACCACAUUUGCAAGAAAAGCAACCGCAAUUGCAAGAAAGGCAAUCACAAUUGCCUGAAAGUCAACCGACUAAAAUAGCAAUCAAAACCGAGGAUGAAAGUGAUCGUUUGAAAGUUUCUGAGACAUCGAAAGAAGCACCCCGACGAUUAUCAACCGAAAACAUUAACCACUCGGCACCAUUGGCUGAAAAAUAUAUAGUUGAUAAAGUGUCGAAGAUAUCGACAGAUACCACGGAUAGUAAGACUGAAGCGGUACAUGUAGCGUCUAAUAAGCCAGAAGAAAAUGCGGUAGCAGUGGAAUCGGAAAAAGUAGAGGAGCCAGUAGUAGAAAAUGAGACCGACAGGCUUCGGGAAAGCCUCAUUUACGAAGAACUGUUGAAUAUGCAGGCUUCGUUGAAAACUCGCAUUUCGCAGGAGCGGCACGAGAUUGAAAGACUGAAUGAAAUGCUGUUGGAGCGUAUCAACUCAGGAAAGUCAAAAGCGCCCGUGAUCGAUAGGACGCACAGUCCCAGCGAGGCAGAAAUGACAGCCAUGAUCCAGCUAGUCAGUGAAAAUCAGUUGUUGGAGAAAAAGAUGACUACUCUUAUUCGCAGUAUUGUCGAGGAGAAAGACACGUGCGUCGAACUGCGAGUGCAGCUAGCUCUGCAUCAACUGCUAAUGGCUCAGAAAAACAAAAACUCUAUUAAGCAAAUUUAACUCGUGAAACUCUAUUCCACCACACUUUUUUAAAAUCACAGUUUGUUUUCUUUUUUAUUGUCGAUUGUUAUUUUUGCGUAAGUACCAUUCAAGUAUUUCUUGAAGUCACAAAUCACAUUUAUAUUUUUCAAUUUUAAAAGAAAGUAUAUAGAGAUAGUAUGAAUAAAGUACACCAAUUUCAUACGAAAAAAAAAAUCAUUUGAGAAAACUGAUGACGCAGUAUCUGUAUAGUUUGUUAUUAUAAAAAGAAACUUCUAGCAAGACGUUCGUCAAGUGUUUUUUGCUUGAAUCAAAUACAUGAUAAAUAAAUUGUUUAUAUUAAUGAUGCAAAGU